CCAUUUUUAUAAAAAAAACCUACGCGGACGGUAGCGGUGGUCUAGCUAGCGCCGAGCACUAGCCACUAGCUGCUGGCGCCUGGCAGUGACUUAAGUAGUGCUUAUAGAUAUGUAUUAUAUAUUUUUAUAAUAGUAAUAAACACUAAAAAAUAAUACCGUUGUUAUCGUAGCUGUGCGUUUUUUUGGUGCGAAUAUUAUUGUUUCGGCAAAUUGAUACUUACCGUUAGGCACCGAAAACGUCAGGUGAAACCGACUGGAAAGAACUCCGUCUGACGUUAGGGGUGCUACUCCAGAAGAGUCGGUCGCCGGACGACGAUGGACUUCAUAAUAAUCCGCGAUCGUUUCCGUCUGAAACGUUAAGAGGCCUGUCUGGAUAGAUCGGUACUUGUCGGGGUGUGUCUGUAGAUCUUGCAGACGAUGCAACACAGCAGCGGGGUGAUCGGCAAACCGGACACGGUCAGACCCGCCAAACAUAAUGGUGGCAACAUCGCCGGUAUGUAUGAUUUGGAGCAGACGCUCGGAAAAGGCCAUUUUGCUGUCGUCAAGAUGGCUAGGCAUGUGUUCACUGGUGAACAAGUAGCCGUCAAGGUGAUUGACAAGAAUAAGCUGGAAGAAGUCUCUCGUAAUCAUUUGUACCAAGAGGUUCGAUGUAUGAAAUUAGUGCAACAUCCUAAUGUCGUGAGAUUAUAUGAAGUGAUUGAUACACACAGUAAAUUAUAUCUAAUACUUGAGUUAGCUGAUGGUGGAGAUUUAUAUGAUUACAUUAUGCGACAUGAAGGCGGAUUGUCUGAGCAAUUAGCUUGUGAAUAUUUUGCACAGAUUGUUCGAGCAAUAUCGUACUGUCACAAAUUACAUGUUGUCCAUAGAGAUUUGAAACCUGAAAAUGUGGUUUUUUUUGAAAAACAAGGGAUUGUUAAACUUACAGAUUUUGGUUUUAGCAAUACAUUUUGCCCUGGUCAAAAAUUAGAAACAUCAUGUGGUUCGUUGGCUUAUUCGGCUCCUGAAAUUUUGAUUGGAAAUUCAUAUAAUGCUACUGCUGUUGAUAUCUGGUCAUUGGGUGUAAUUUUGUACAUGUUGGUAUGUGGCGAAGCACCGUUUCAUUCAGCUAAUGACAGUGAAACUUUAACAAUGAUUAUGGAUUGUAAAUACAAAGUAUCCAGUCAUGUGUCUGAGGAAUGUAAAGCACUUAUUGGUCGUAUGCUUGUGAGGAAUCCUGAGAAACGAGCUACUCUUGACGAGAUUGCUGCAGAUGUUUGGUUGAAAGAUGUCAAGGUGAUAAAUGACGACGAGAGUCCAUUGGUGUCUAAACAGUUAAUUAACGAAGACGACCAUGCAUUAAUUAUACAAAAAAUGAUUAGUGGAAAAAUAGCUUCAAAAGAACAAAUUGUGGAGGCUCUAGAUAAAAACGAGUAUAAUCAUAUUACAGCUACCUAUUAUUUACUCGCAGAAAGAAAAUUAAAGUCUGCAACACCCAAAAAAUCUCAAGCUAUUAAAAAUGAUAUGAAUGUUCCUCAGUUAAAAGUAGAUGAUAGUUCUAAUCAAAAUAAUGCUUCGACGAUAGUCAAUGUAGCACCUAAAUCUGCUAUAUUAGGAUCAUUGCAUUCUGAUCGUCCUAAAAGAACACGGAAGUGUAGUGUUGUAGUUGAAGAAGAAGAUGAAAAGGAAGAUGAGGAAGAAGAUGAUGAUAGUAGUUCAUUAAAUCGAAGGGGUUCUCGGUCAGAAGGAAAAUUGAAUACAAUAGCUUCUGAACUACGAACAAAACAACUUUCGAUCACUGAAGUACAUGAAACAAAUCCAACAUCUGCUUCUGUUGUGUCUAACAAAAUCCCACCACCCUUUGUGUCUUCUCACAGUUCACCACAGUUACUUGAUGAUAAACAAAAUAGAACUGGCAACUACAUAACAUACGAACAAAGGCGGAGCAAAAUGCAUAAAAACCGUACAGCAUCCUGUAGUAGCUCUGAAACCAGUGAUGAUGAUACUGAUGGCCGUAAAAAGCGAGGCAGUAGUAGGUCACUGGCUUCAUUUAAGGGUAAUGAUAAGGAUCCCGAUAAUGAUGGAAUGGGAAAUGCUGGUGGGCAAGAGACAGAGCCCUCACAAGAACACGAUACUGAUGUCCAAAAAACAGAUGGGAACAGUGGGAAUAAAACAGAAAGACCAAGUGGUAGUGCUGCAGGCAGACGACGCUGCAUAAGCGCGAAUGCCAGAAGUCGAAGGGGUAGAUCAGCUGAAACUAGAUUAAGAGAGAGUCAAAGUUUGAAUCGUAUCACUGAAGUCCAAGAAUCUGAAGUAAAUACCCCAAGUUCAACUGCUAACUCGGAUAAUUUUGAAUUUACCAACAAAAACUGUCAGGUAUCCGUAAAGAAUACUAUUGCUGACAAAAACCCUGCAACCAUAUCAGCUUUACCCCAAUAUAAAAAACACCAGACAUCCAAACGCAUCUCAUUGUUUAGUAAGUAUUUGAAUUUACAAAAAAAACUGUGUACACAAAUUCUGUUUAGCAAGAAGAAUACGGAUAACCGUUUAUAUAAGGCAAAAUCGUGUUCAGAAAUGGCUAACUCCAAAAUUGCUAUAAGAGAAGUAAGCUCUGACAGGUGUUAAUCCCUUUUCAUGUACCGCACAACAAAUGUAUUAUUAUUUAGUCCCGAUUUAUUAUGUCAAACAAUAAUUUAAUUUAUUACCUUUUUUAUCAUUUAAUCCCUGCAAGAAUAUUAUUUAUAAUUUUAUAUGACUCCUAUUGGUGAUAUUACGUAUGACGACAGUGAUUUUUAUUUAAUUUUGGCCUUUAAACACAAUAUUCCCUAAACACUAAUCUAUUACUGACUAAAUAUACUUUCUAUUAUUAUAAUUAUUAACUUGUUUUAGUUUAGAAAUAUUUUUUUUCUUUAAGAAAAUUAAAUUUGUUAAUUAUUUAACCAAAGUUAAUUUUUACACGCAUAUAUUUUUAUACAUAAGACUUGCUUAAAUGUGCAGUACAAUUAUUAAGACGCACAUUGAACUAUUUGUUUUUUGUUUUUAAGUUUUUUAGUCAAUACCAAAUUGUUAUUAUUUUUGAUUGUGUAAUGUAUUCAUAUAUUGGUUAAAAGGAGAAACAAUAAGAUUUUACUAGAUAAUUAAUGAAAUCAGACUAGUCAAUUUUACUCUCAGUAAAGGUCACGAAGAAAUCAAUUUGUUUUAUAUAUUAUUUUAUUUAAAUUGUUGUUUUAUUAUUAUUAUUAUUAUUAUUUUUGAUUAAUGUUUAAAAUUAUAAUAUUUAAUAAAUAAUAUCUCUAUAGUUGAUUUUUACAUACAUAUAGACAAGUAGAUAAUAUUUAUCAAUGUAUUUUAUUGUUAUCCACAAAACACUAUAAUUACUAUUGAUUGGUUGUGAAUUAAAACACUGAACAUACAUAUUUUUCUAUGUUUAAAAUCUUACUAAUAUAUCAUAACCGUGUUCUCUAAGAAUACUAUUAAUAAUAACAACAAUAAAAUACAUUUUCUUUUUACCAUGGGCAUAAAUGUUAGAAAAAUAGUGCCAUAUUAUUACAUAUACAUUAAUAAUUAUAUAUUAUAUUAUAUCAUUAUAAGAUAUAGAUAAGUUUAUUAUCGUUCAACAUAUUAAUUUUGUAUACCAAAAACUAUGUUAUUAUAAACAUUAAACAAUGUAUAAGUGUGCAAUAUAUUUACUAUAUAUGUAUUAGAAAUUUGAAAUACAUUAAAGUUGACAAUCGAAGGUUACAUUUUUUUUCUCACUUACCAUAAAUUUAUUUAAAUUUUUGUUUUUAAAACUGUAGACAGCAUAAUAUAACACAUAACUAUGUCUAAGCUAAUAUUACACUACAGUUACAGUUCCCUAUUUAAAUUUGUUUUUUUUUUUAUUUAUUAGUUGCAUUGUUUAUGUUUUGUAUUAUUAUUAAAGUAAUUAUUUUUAUUUAUAAAAUUAAAUUUUUUUUUUCAUUUAUGUUAUGAGUAUGUUAUAAAUAUUGAUUAUGUUUAAACGAAAUUGAAUUGGUUGUGAUUAUUAUGGAAUUAGAAUAUAAUAUAAAUAUUACAAAAAAAUUGUUUUCAUUUAA